CGGGAAGCAAAUGGGGAUCCCCGCUCGUGUCACGUUGUCGCUGUAGCCAUUUCGGCUCAAGGUCGGCCCGUAUAAGAUUGCCUGGCUAGUGCGCGCGUGGGAGCGUGGUCACAGACGCAGGCAUGGCGAGUUUCCUACGCUCACAGGAGAUGAAGUAUGGAGUCCUUGUCCUCCCCGUUCAGGACUCACGGCAGUACAUCGAGAAACUGGGCGGCCCAGAGGUUAAUGUCCAGUUCGAGGACAUGAAAGACAUGCGCCGGCCGUUCCGGAAGCACGUGCAGCGCAUCGACGAGAUGGAGCGCAUCAUCCGUUGGCUGAACGAGGAGAUCAAGAAAGCGGGCCCGGUGUCGAUCACGAAGCAGAGGGUCAACGAGUUCUUCGCCGCGGACAGCAGCGGCGCGUACACUCUGGACUCGAUCGAGGCGGAGCUCAAGAGGCUAUACGACACCUUCGUGGGCCUCAAGGGAAGGAACGAUGCCCUGCAAGACGCCCAUGCGAAGACCGAGGAGGAGCUGCAGGUGACCCAGGAGGCGGUUAGGCUGAUGAGCUCGGGGAGCAGCGGCGACUCGCCUGCCGACCUCGGGCUCGAGGCGCCCCUCAUGGGCGAGGACGGCGGCGUAUCCAGGCUCCUGGACUCGCUGACGGGAGUCGUCUCCCUGGAGAACAAGGCGAGGCUCCACAGCGCCCUCUGGAAAGCCGGGCGCAGCAACGCGUACGCGAUCUUCAGCGACACCUGCUUCGGCGAGACGACGAAGAAGUGCGUCUUCGUCGUGUACUUCGGCCAGGCCGCCACCACCGACUACGUGAAGACCAAGAUCCGCAAGGUCUGCCAGGCUUUCGGCGCCAACCUCUACGACUGGCCCACGAACUUCACAACGGCGGAGGGCAGGAAGGUGGCCCUGCAGAUCAAGCUGCAGGAGCAGAAGACGGUGCUCGAGGCGCACAAGAGCUUCGUCGCCGGGGAGAUCGCCGAGCUCGUCGCGCCAGCGAGCAGCGCCAUGGACUCGAACUCCAAGAUCGAGGACUGGCGCCUGUUCUGCAUGAAGGAGAAGUCCAUCUACUCGGUGCUGAACAUGUGCCAGGGCGACGCGAGCCUGCAGGUCAACGUCUGGUACCCGAAAAUCGAGGAGGAUAACAUCAAAGGCCUGCUGCGCUCCCAUAAGACCAGCACCGGCGACGUCGCUUUCCUGCAGUCAGUCAAGAGCCCUCCUGGCGCGAUGCCGCCCACCUUCAUCCGCUCCAACGACUUCACCGCGCCGUGGCAGCAGGUGGUGGACACCUACGGUGUUCCCAAGUAUCAGGAGGCGAAUCCAGCGGUCUUCACCACCAUCUCCUUCCCGUUCAUCUUUGGGAUGAUGUACGGCGACAUCGGCCACGGCACCCUGCUCCUGUGCUUCGGCAUCUUCCUGGUAAUGAAGGCGGACGCCUUCAAAUACUCCCAGCCAGUCCUGUACAUGAUGCGAUACAUGGUGUUGAGCAUGGGCUUCUUUGCGGUUUUCGCUGGUUUCAUGUACAACGAUCUCUUCGCGAUGGCGCUGCCUCUGUUCCAGUCGCGCUUUCAUUCCCAGGGGACGGGCCCCGCCGACUGCAAGGAGUGCGACGACUGGCAACCCAACCACAACCCGCCCUGGAAAGACCCGAUGGGCCCGUACCCGUUCGGCCUGGAUUGGGCGUGGGAAGGCGCGUCGAACCAGCUCGUGUUUGUGAACUCCCUCAAGAUGAAGCUGUCCGUCCUCUUCGGGGUGAUGCAGAUGACCGUCGGCGUGCUGCUGAGGUGGAGCAACGCCUUCUACUGGAGGAGCAUGACCGAUUUCAUUUGCGAGUGCGUUCCCAUGAUGGUCUUCAUGGUCUGUUUCUUCGGCUGGAUGGAUUGGAUGAUCCUCUACAAAUGGACGCACUUCAUCGACGCCCCGCCGAGCAUCAUCAACUCCCUCAUCUGCAUGGCCAUGGGGCAGGAGGACACGAUGCCGCUGUGGGAGGGCUCCACAGACAUAGCGAAGCUGUUCAUGAAGCUCAGCAUGGCCGCCGUGCCCGUCAUGCUCCUGCCGAAGCCGUUCAUCCUGCUCUCGCAGCACAAAGCAGAGGAGCGCAAGAAAAAGUCCAAGGAUGGCCACGAGCUCCUGGACGAGGAGGCGGCGGCCAGCGGCCACCAUCACGGCCACGGCCACGGGGAGUUCGAGUUCGGCGAGGUGUUCAUCCACCAGGUCAUCGAGACGAUCGAGUACGUCCUCGGCACCGUCUCGCACACGGCCUCGUACUUGCGCAUCUGGGCGCUGUCCCUGGCGCAUCAGCAGCUCUCCGCGGUCUUCUUCCAGAAGACGCUGCUGAUGGGUCUGUCGCUGCCGUACCCGGUCAACGGCAUCGCGCUCUACAUCCUCUUCACGAUUUGGUUUGCGGUUACGCUGGGUGUGUUACUGGGGAUGGACGUCCUGGAGUGCUUCCUGCACACGCUGCGCCUUCACUGGGUCGAGUUCCAGAGCAAGUUUUACAAUAGCGGUGGGGAAGGCGGCGUCAAGUUCACGCCCUUCGACCUGAGGAAGCUCAUCGAGGAGGCGGACGAGUGAGCGCUUCGUGCGCGAUACCUGGCCUCAAAAUCUGGGCGUGGGCUGGGACGGAAGCUGUGUCUCAUUGUCAGUAGGAGGCAACUUAUUUGUCCGGCUUUGAGUGGCACUGCGUUGCCUCAUGCCUUGGUUUAAGGUAGCGCAUGUUUGUUGACCCCAGCAGGAAUGCUUUGGCGUCGACCGUAAGGUCGGACCUUGGUGAGUGUGCCCGUUUGCCCGUUUCUAGUCCCCGAUGCCCUGUGGCACUCCUCUGGCAGUGGUCUGCCGCUUUCAGGGAGUUGACGGCAUGUGGACCGUGCUUCAGUAGCGAACUAGUGUAUCUUCUAGAUCCUCUGGGCUUGCAGGGAGCGGGCGUGAGGUGACAGCUGACGCCUGGGGAGUUGAUUCGGAUUUUCCCCCAAAAUCCUUACAAUCUGGGAUGGUCUUGGUGGGACUAUAUCGAUUGCAGCGGCUGCCACGCUGAUGCGACUCAGCAGCCCCCAUGGCGGCAGCUCUGACGCAGACGCGGCGUUGGUUGACAUAUGGUUGAGGUCGCGACAGAAACAGAAAA